AUGGGGAGAGGUCCAAGUACUUGCUGGGACAGAGUCACGCUGCCACCUCCGUCCCCUCCACCAUACCUCAACAGGGGUCCAGGGCUCACCCCACCCAGCACCCCCACUCUUACACCUAUGGCCGGCCCCCCGACAGACUACCUCACGCCCCCUACUCCCAGGCUGCCCCUGCAGCCAUCCCCUCCACCCCCCACCAGCAGCCAGCCAGCCCCUCACCUGCCCCAGCCCCACCACCAGCAGAAGCAGGAGCACCACCGGUCAUCGUCCCAGUACCCUGCCUACCCACACUCCGUCAAGGGAGCUGCCACAUUGGGCUUCCCCACGCCCCACCAGACCUACCCCUACUCCCACCACCGGUCAGAGUCCAACCACAACCUGUACUCCCACAAGAGGACCAGCCAGGUGUCCCCUCACCCAGCUAGCUCCCCACACCCAUCUGUGUCCCCCCACCCAUCAGCCUCCCCCCACCUGUCAGCCUCUCCUCACCCAUCAGCCUCACCCCACAUGUCAGGGUCCCCUCACCCACUGGCAGCCUCUCCACGUCCCGGGGUGUCUCCUCACCCAGUUCAGCAGGGAAGGACACCCCAGUCCUCCCCUCAUCCUGCCCAGAGACUGCCCACCAGCUCCCCAGCACAGCUCCCCAGCCACAGCUAUCCCAACAGUCUGCCACCAAGCCCUUACUCCACCCACCAGACCACACCACCAUCCAGCACAGCCCCUCCUACCCACCUGGCCCACCCAUCCCACCAGGCCAAGUCCCCAGGGUCUCAUGUCCCCCAACCGUCUGCACACUCAGCCACAUCUCAGCCACACAUCAGCAGACCCCAGCCAGCCAACCCACCCAGUGCCUCCCUCCCACAGUAUCCUGAGUAUCCCCCACAGGAUCACCUUCCACAGACACACCCCUUGCCCUACCCAUCCCACCUCCCCCAUGGGUACACCUCACCCUACCUCCACCACAUCCAGUCAGCCACAUCCGCUCACACCCGCACUCCGCACUCCACCCAACCUUAUCCUUCCUCCCAGCUUCCCCCACCAGCCCAGCCUCACCCACCUGCCCAGCCUCACCCAUCAGCCUCACCCAUCAGCCCAGCCUCACCAGUCUUAUCCAUCCAGCCAGCCUCACCCAGCCUCAAAAAUGCAUCCACCAUCUUCCCAACAUCAUCCAGUCUCACAGAACCAUCCACCUUCCUCUCAGCCACCACCACCAACCUCCCACACUCACUCUUCCACCUCAGAAACUCAUCCACCUUCCCAUUCCUCAUCUUCCCAGCCACCUACAUCUCAGCUUCCCUCAUCCACCUCACAGACCCACACUCCAUCUCAUGCCCAGACUCAUCCACUCACUUCAGAGGUUCACACACCAUCACAAGUUGCAACAUCCCAAUCGCUAACUCUCAUUCCUCAAGUACUCAUUCUCAGCCCUAUGCUCCUCCUCAUUCCUCCCAAUCCACCUCUCAUUCUACUCCCACCUCUGUUCAUUCCUCACAACCCUCCCCUUCUCAUUCCACUCAUUCUCCUUCUUCUACUAAUUCUGUGCCUGUCUCCUCCACUCAUAACACUCAGCCCUCUCCCUCAGCCCAGCCGCAGUCCACCUAUUCCACACAGCCUUCUACUACUCAUUCCAGUCAACCUCCAUCCUCCUCCACACACAUUCCACCUAAUUCAUCCUCCUCCUCACAUCCUAGUCAUGCCCCACCACACAUCUCCACUGGUCACUCCUCGUACACUCCUCCAGCUGCCCGUGUUCCAUCCCACGUCACCCAACCACAUCACCCGCCAUCUACACCUCAUCUUAGUCACCCUCAACCUCCUCCACACUCUUCCUAUCCUCAUCCUUCCCAGCCUCAUCCUUCCCAGCCUCCCACACAAACUCCUCCUCACCCAACGCAUCCUAGCCAAGCCGCACACCCAUCUCAUCACCCUCACAGUUCCUACACCCCCGCUCCCCCUCCUCCCUCACACCCUCACCCCUAUGCUCAAGGUUAUCAUCACCCUACUCAUCCCUAUUCUUACCUCACCCAGGGCCACCCACACCCCUCCCUCACACACUCCACCCCACCCACCACUCAGCCUUCUCAGACAUCACCCAGAUCCACCCCAGCUCCUCCCCACCCCCCAGCACACCAUCUUCACCCCUCCCAUCCUUACCCUCAGCAUUCUCAGUCCUAUUAUCCCCACCAGCCCUAUGCUCACUCCUCCCAGGGCCAGCCUCACCCCCCAGCCUCACACUACCCUCGCAGCCACAACCAGCCUGCCUCCCAGCCUGCCAGGAGCCAUUCCACACACUCCAUCCCUCCCCAGGUGCGGCCUCCCCACACCCCUGCCCAGCCCAGCCACUCCCUCUACCCUGCCCAGUCCCCCUCAGCAGCCCCACACACUCCACAGCCUGGCCACAGACCCUCCCCCCACACUCCACAGACCCACCCUGCUCAAGCCCCUCCCCACCACCCCCACUACCAGGCCACCAGACUACCCCACCCCACUGUCAAGAUGGAGAGUGUCCCUGGAGGCUCCCAGUACAUGGGCUAUAUGUACCCUUCCUCCCAGUACGGUCCCCCGCGACCUGAGGCAGCCCCGGGGAAGGGCUACCCAGACCCCACUGCACCCCAGCUUCCAUCACCAGGCCCCAGGGUGUCCCAGGAGGGUGAAGUGUCCCGUGUGUACACAAAAGGUGAACAAAAAUCCUACGACCCACCGAGUGGUGGGAUGGCAAAGCCAGAGUCCUGGUCAGCCCAUCCCACCAGCACCCCAGCCACUGACACCAAGGAGGCUGUGCCUGAAGGCAGUUCCCGGCUAGCAACUUACCCAGCACCACCUGCCCAGCCUGAGGCACACAAGACUUCCACUGUGUUUGAGUUCAAAGAAGAGGACAGCACCCAACUGGAGCAGCCCCAGUCCAGCAGCAAAGUGUUGGAGCCGGGCAAGGCUGCAUUGGCAGAGAAACUGCACAAGAAGAUCCACCGGGUGGAGAGCCAGGAGAACCUGGCUGCCAAGAAGGAGAGCAGCCAGGAGCCUGCCCCAGCCAAGAAGGAGGAGGUGAAGCCUGAGGAGAAUGAGUGGGAUUCUGGCUUUAACAAGUUGCUGGAUGACCUCGCUCUGAACCCUGACACUGUGACCAGCAAGAAGAGCAAGACGUUAGGACGGAGGUACUUGCAGAAGGUUCAGAUCCAGGAGGCCAUUGAUAAUGACCUCAUAGCUCUGCCCACAUCCUAUGCUGUGGAGGAGGAGGAAGAGGAGAGUGAGCCAGAACCCCCAGUGAAGUUCAGAGGGAAGUUCAAAAGUAUAAAAGACAAGAAGGUGGAGCGCCUCAUCCUGACCUACGCCUCACACUCGGACGAGAGUGCCACCGAGAUGAUUCCCGACGAGGAUGCCAGCGACUUUGAGGAGGAGCUGAAGCGGGAGAUCCGUUCCAAAGACAAACGAAGAAGCCAACACAAGAAAUCCUGCAAGAACUACGAGAGCAGUGGAAGCGAAGUCGGCCGUAAGUCGAGCAGCAGCAGGAAGGGUGGAGGCCGUGGGCAGAACAAGGAAAACAAGCCAAAUAACAAACAAGACUUAGAAUAUUCAUACAGCAGCAGCAACAGCAGUGGCAGCAGCAGCAAUAGCAGUAGUGACAGUAGUGGGAGCGACUCCAACAAUGAUUCGGACAGUGAUGACUCGGACUCUGACGAGGAACUGAAGCCAAAGAUAAGGAAGAACCGGCGAGGAAAGAAGUGGGACAGCGAGAGCACAGACUCCGAGGUGAUAAUUCCCAGACGCCGGACCCGAGGAGGCUACAGGUCUUCAAGUGAGGAGGAGGUGGUCCGCAAACCAUCGCAGAAGAACAAGAAGAGAAGAAAGAAGCAAGACUCCAGUGACUCAGACGAUGUUCCACCAAAAAUGAGGAGAGGGAAGAGGAAGAAAAAGCUUGACUCGGAUGAUGAUGAGUAUGUUGCGCCGAGAAGAGGAAAGAAGAAAGCGAGUGGCAGAAAGAGACAGAAGAAAAGAAUACAGGAGGACUCUGACGAGGCUUCUGAAGAGGAAGAAGAGGAAGAGGUGACAAAGAAGACAAGAUCAAGGAAGAAGAAAGCUCCAGUAACCAAAAAGAGCAGGAGUAAACGUCUAGUGAGCGAGUCAUCGUCUUCAGACUCGGAGGAGGAGGGAAGUGUGAGGAGAACCAAGAAAGUGACGGGCAAGAGGAAAAAAGGAAGCAGGAAGAAACAGAAGAAGGAAGAGGACUCUAGUGAUAACUCUGACAUUCCAACCACCAAGAAGAGUCACUCGAAGACCAACAUCAUUGUGGAGAGUGACAACAGCGAUGACUCGAAGAAGAGUGAACCUGAAGAUAAGAAGGAGAGUGAAAAGUCCUCGUCCAAGGAGAAAUCUGAUGAGGAAAGUUCAUCAGCGGAAAAGAUUAAGAAAGAAAAGAAAGUAAAGUCAGAAGAGGAGGAUGAAGAGCAGGAGGAAGAGGGAAGCAUCAAGGUUAAUGAAAAGCAACAGGAGGAGCAAGAGGUGGGGGAUGAGGAGGAGGAGGAAGAUGAGGAUGAUGAAGAUGAUGAUGAGAUUGAUCUCAGAAAAGAUUCAGUGGUGGAAAAACUGAAUAAAAUAAGAGAGGAGGAACUGAAUAGGGAAGACGUGAGAGAGAUGAAGGCUUGGUUCAACGAGGUGACCAACGACAUGAAGCAGCAGCUGGGGAGCAUGAAGGAGGUGGCUCUCAGGCACUGCUGGAAGAAGCCUCAAUUUGGGGCUGGGGAGGACUUUCUGCACGGGUGGCAGACAGAUGUCAAGAAGUACAAGGAGUUGACCGGCAGGUUCCCCAAGAAGCUGUGCCAGGCUGCCAAACACCAGGCCGCCCUGUCGCCAAGCAAGGGGUCGAGCAAGAAGAACCGUGAUCACGACUCAGGAAAGGAUCCGAACCAGAAGCAAGGGUCCUCACCAGCCAAGAACACUCGCAGCAAAUCUGGCAUCAUCAAGACCAGCAUGUCGGUGGUGGACGACGAGCGGCUGAAGGUUGCGGCGCGGCCGGAAAUCAGUAGUGUCAUGCAGAGGUUCUUUGACAAGGUUCUGGCAGACUCUGGCAAUGACUGUGGCAAGGGAGGACUCUCAGGGAAGAAGUUCCACCUUGGCCCAUUCUCAGGAUUUGGUGCCCAGCGCGUCCCAACUGGCCUCACCCCAACGCCCUCUGUGGCCCCGUCCAUGAUGGCCAGCGAUGACUCCGACCUGGAUUCCCUUGCCAGCCUGAGGACGGACCUCCCAGCCUCAGACAGCAUCCCUGUGUCCAGGAGGUCCAUUGCCAGCAGCCUCCUCAAGAAGUUUGGACGGAAGUAUAAUGACAAGAAGCUCAAUGCCCUGUACCUGAACAAGCCCAGAUCCAUCCUGGCAGCCACCAACAAGCCCCAGCUGCUGCCCACGCCUGGUAUGCCCACCACGGAGCAGGACCUCAAGGGCAUGUCACCUGAUGAGCUCAAGAUGGCGACCUUCUUCAGGAGAGAGACAGUGAACAACUACAGAGACAACUUUGAGGUGAUCGUGACCAAGAAUGGAAUCAAUGAGUUCAUCCCCAUCCUGUACCAGUCCAGGACGCGCAACAAGACCAAGCAGAUACAGGACGCUGCCACCCUCAAGUCAGUGUUUGGUUCGGACAUCCCUCCUCACCUCCUGAAGAAGGUGGAGGAGAUCAAGACCAAGAAGCAGCUCAAGAAAGCACAAAAGAAGGAGGAGGCCAAAGUAGGGACCAAGGAGGAUGGUUCUCCUGUCCCUGGGAGUCGAGCCAGCACGCCGGCAGGCUCUCUCAUGGCCCCAGGGGAGGAGGAUGACGAUUCAGAACUAAGGAGUGAGCGGUCAGGGUCCGUGCUGGGUGAGUCCUCAGUCCCGCAGGCUACCAAGCGGGCCAAGAGGAAGUUCAGGAAGUUCAGGAGUGGGUUUGACUACAUCAGGAAGAAGAAGAAAGUAAAGGCGGAUGAUGAGGCAACACCAUCCAGGAAACGCAUUCCUGUCCGGAGGCACGUCAACUGGCCGGAGGAGAGCCGUGACGUGGCGGCCGAGGUGCGCAGCUGGGUGGUGAACAAAGGCCUGGGGGAGACGGUCCUGCACAAAGCUGCCCGUCUGCAGUACCAUGAUGUGGUGGUGUACUGUGCUGAGAGUCCAGACUUUGACAUCAAUGUUCGGGACAAUGCUGGGUACACUCCCCUGCAUGAGGCUUGCAACAGAGGCCACCUGGAUAUUGCACAGGUGUUGUGUGCCCACGGUGCCCAUGUCAACGCCCCGGGCUACAAGGGCAUGCGGCCACUGCAUGAGGCCGUGGAGAAUGGACAUGGGGAGCUGGCCCGCCUGCUGCUGGCCUAUGGGGCUGAUCCGGCCCUCACCACCUAUGCCGGUCAGACCUGCUUGGCUCUCUGUGCUGACACUCAGACCCUGGAGCUGAUGGAGGGCUACCUGGCAGACCUCAAGGGCUGGCCAGGCACCAUGUGGCACUUCACUGGCCCAGCGAGACUCUUUGACCCUGAGGAGCAAGGGUGUGAUGUGUUCCGCAACAUCCCAGAGGGCAAGCUGAGGGCGAGGGAGAGCAACUUGUGCCCAAAGAGACAAGCGGUGGAGGGUUCGGUGGAAACUCCCUGUGUGGUGAAGACUGAGGACAUGACCCAAGACUGCAGUGAAGAGAACGCACUGAAGAGCGCGGAGAAACUUGCCUCAGAGACAGGAGGAACUGCCAAGGAAGGAGGAGACAUUCCUUCUGGGGCAGAAAACAGCAGCAUGAGUGUGGUGUCCAUAAAGAAGGAAAUCACAACUGAGGACCAAGUAGAUGGAGAGAAGGAGGAGGAAUUACAAAAGGUGGAAAUGGAGAGAAAAACUCAGGAAGAGGAGGAGAGUGAGGAGUCAGACCUGGAGGAGAUGACAUUUAUGUGGAGUGAGGAGCCAAUAGUGGACAUUUAUGAGGUGGAGGGACGGCCACACCAGUACUGUCUGCUGCGGGAGGUGACGCGGCGGCUUGGGGUGAGUCGCCGGGACCUCAUCGUGGCGGCCAAGACCAUCGAGACCCUCAUGGUGUCCCCAGAGGAGUUUGAGAGCCGUGUGUACAGCUGUGUGUGCGGUACGUCGCGCUGGCAGCCGGAUGGGGGCCGUGUGGAACUGGUCCGGUUGACGGCCGCCCUGGAGCGCCUGCUUGGCCUGCAGACGGUGGUCGUGCGGUGAGCAGUGGCCAAGAGGAGCAGGGAGUCACUUUUUUACUUACGUACGUUGAUGUUUUAAUCAACGUUGCAUUUCCCAAAUGCCGAGACCUUCACUUAGCAUUGUUACCGUGAUUGACAAUGAUUGAUAGGCCACGUUUGCAUGUGUGUGUGUACGUGUGUGUGUGCGCGUGUGUGCUUCAUGUUUGUGUACAUGUUAUACAUGUAUGCAUACAUGAAAUAAUAUUCUGCAGAGAUAACUUACUCUGUGAUACAUUUUAUCAAAGAUUUACAUAAACUGUGAUAGAUCUCGAGGAGGGAUAGAGUGAGAGAGAGAGAGAGAGGCAGAGGGAGGGAAGCCCAGCAAUGGCAAGGAGAUGACUGCCCUGUUUUUUCCACGCCACGAAGACCUCGGCUGCCAGAGACUAUUUUUACCUUGACGUAUUGGCCGGGCGGGGCCGAGGCGUCGGUGGCGGGCGGGUGAGUGCAAUGGGCAGGCGGGGCGAGGCGGGGCCCCACUGGUGGUGCGAGAGAUUACUACUCUGUACAAAUGAUGCUUACCACAGGCUAGCAGUAGUGUACAUAAUGAGUCUGGGUGUUAGUAGCAGAACCUUCACAUCAGAUGACUGUUAAUAAAUGUUUUAAUGAAAGAUUAUUAAUUAUUAUAAUUAUUAUCAUUAUCAUCAUCAUAAUCAUUAUUUCUGCUGCUGCUGCUGCUGCUGCUGCUGUAAUAUUAUAAUAAUUAUUAUUGAAGUAACUUAUCUUGCUUGUCGUGUGUCUGUCUGUGUGAGUAUGCAGAUGUGUGAGUAAUGUGCAAUUGAACUUAAAUAUAUUUUCUAUGUAAUGUAUUGCCAUGUAAAUAUAUAUUCAGAAAUAUAUGAA